AUGAGUCCUUCCUCUUUCUUAUUCCUCUCCCUCACAUUUUUCUUGUGUUCUUUCAAUCCCUUUGUUGAUGCCAACAAUCUCAUCCAACAAACAUGCAAGAAUUGCUCUAAAAAUGAUCCCAACAUAAGCUACAAGUUUUGCACAACAACUUUCCAAUCAGAUCAUAGGAGUCAAUGUGCCCAAAACCUUGAAGAAUUAGGCCUCAUAGCUAUCAAAUUAACAAGGCACAAUGUGACAAAUACUAGUGAUUACAUCGAAAGGCUUUUAAAGAAGAAAAAUAAUGAUCCAUUUAUUAAAGAAUGCUUGGAGGAUUGUCUUGAAGUAUAUUCUGAUGCCAUCACAACUUUUAGAGAAGCCAUUAGAGAUUAUAAGGCAAAGCGUUAUGAAGAUUGUAAUUUCAAGCUUAGCUCAAUCAUUGAUGCUUCAACAACUUGUGAUGAUGGAUUCAAGCAAAAGAAAGAUGUGAUUUCACCAUUGACAAAGAGAAACAAAAAUGUUUUUCAGCUUUCUGCUAUAGCACUUUCGAUUGUUAACAUGCUCAACAUGGAUACUUAA